CUGACCUGACCCCUGCAUAACAUCACUGUGCUACACAGCGGGGCUAGUUAGCUAGUGGCAGUGUUAACUUUUCCCGUACGUGCCGAAAAACUGUGUUGUGGCUAUACUAAUUUAGAGGUUGAGAUUGCCCCGGUCAUGGCUUUGAACAGCUGCUUGAAAGUGUCAAGAAUUAUUCCGCGUGUCUUAUACAGAAAUGUCAUUCCUCUGGCUUGCGCCACAAGAACACUGACGAACUCUCUCGGAACACAUUUCCAAUUUGUACAAUAUACGCCCGCUUUGACCUGCAGGGGAACGAUUCAAUGGCGUAACUUCAGUUCUUCCAAAGGGACCGAUGUAGGGACCGAUGUGUCUUAUGAACAACUGAAACAGUUGCUUGCUGCAGGAACAGCUUCAGUGAUCGACGUGCGUGAGCCAUGGGAACUCAGGGAAUAUGGAAACAUUCCAGGAUCAAUGAACGUGCCUUUGGGGCAGGUGAGCAAUGCCCUACAGCUCAAGCCAGAGGAUUUCAAGGAGAAGUACGGAGGGAACAUGCCCUCUCAGGCGGGGAACAUAGUAUUCACCUGUCUGGCAGGAGUGAGGAGCAAAACUGCCUUGGACGCGGCGGCCUCUCUGGGCUAUUCAAAUGUUCAACACUAUCCAGGGGGUUGGCAGGACUGGGCAAAACAUGAAAUUUUACAAACCAAAGAAUGAUCCCCUGGAUGGCUUUGUGGUUGAAACCUUUCUGAGAUCAUGUCUCACAAACUUGACUUUUCAUAUUCUUUUUACAAUGUGGCAUGUAGCCACCAGGCCUAUUUCAGAGAUAUGACAAUUGUAAACAAAUAAUUGUACUCUGUGACUGAAUAACUAGGCUUAUAAUGCUACCGCAAGACACCCUGUCACCUGAAUGUCUGGGAGUAAAAAAACACUUGUCCUGCCUGUAUUUACUGAGGAUUGAAAGGUGGGCAUCUUUGAGGCUUUGAAGUUGCAGGUUUAAAUUGAAACCUCUAUGAAGAAAGGGCUUCUGGCAGUUUGCAAGCUUAUACAGGAUUUGUUAACCCAGGCUUGACCUUUGACCCUUGAACCUUCUAUUGUAGUUGAUGCGUAUACACAUAAAUAAUGAAUGAGAUUUCAGUCAUUUCAACAAUUUUUAAUCUCUGUAUUCUACAGUCCAUGUCAGACAUUCAACGAAAUAUUUUGCCAAUAGGUCUGGUGCUAUAGUCAUCAGCAUGCAAUCAUAUGAAUGAGUUAAUUUCACAUAAUUUUGUAUUCUUCUGAAUAAAAAGGGACAUUUUAAAGCUC